UUCCACCAGAAAAAAAUCCCAUCUAUAAUCUCUCAACUCAGAGCAGCCCAACCAACAGAAGAAUCUCACCGGAGAAAAGAAAAGGAAACCCCCCGCCGGAAAUUCGAAGUCAAAUGAAGUCAACGGUGGAACAGCAGCUCAAUUUACCCGCCGGAUUCCGAUUCCACCCCACCGACGACGAGCUCGUCACCCAUUACCUCUGCAAGAAAUGCGCCGGACAGGGAAUCAACGUCCCCAUCAUCGCCGAGCUCGAUCUCUACAAGUUUGACCCAUGGGAGCUUCCCGAGAUGGCGCUGUACGGCGAGAAGGAGUGGUAUUUCUUCUCUCCGAGAGAUCGGAAGUAUCCCAACGGGUCUCGGCCGAACCGGGCGGCGGGAACUGGGUACUGGAAGGCGACCGGAGCGGAUAAACCGAUCGGGAAGCCGAAGACUCUGGGGAUUAAGAAGGCUCUGGUUUUCUACGCCGGGAAAGCUCCGAGAGGGGUCAAGACGAAUUGGAUCAUGCACGAAUACCGCCUCGCUAAUGUGGAUCGCUCCGCGGGCAAGAAAUCUGGACUCAGGCUGGACGAUUGGGUGCUAUGCCGACUCUACAACAAGAAAGGAACCAUGGAGAAGCAUUUCCCGGACGAGGGAACGAAAUCGCCGGCGGUGAUGAAGCUUCAGCCGUCGUCGCCUGUGCCGGAGGACGACGAGGACAUGAUGUGGGCGGUGGAGGAAAUGAAGCCCAAUUUGCUAGAUUUGCAGCAGCAACAACAGUUCUGGGAGAUGGAGACGCCGGAGGAGUCGACGUCGGUGCCGCCACAGCUGCAUACGGACUCGAGCAGCUCCGGCGAGCAUCACGCGGUGUGGUCGCCGCCGGAGAACAAGGAGGUGGAGAGCCGCAGCGGCGGAGGAGGAGGAGGAGCGAGAUGCGGUGAUGAACCGAACCUGAAUUCAGGUUCAAGCAACCAAGGGAACGGGUUCGAGUUUGGGUUCGAGUUUCGAGAUUUUGGAUUUGGGUACGACGGAGUCGAGUUUGCCGGUGCCGGAGGUGGGGAUUCGGGAUCCGGAGGGUUGCAGUUGGAUCAGCAGCAGUUGCAGGAGAUGUUCAUGUACAUCCCUGAGCCGUUGUUUUGAGGGAAGUAGUUUGACUUUGUGAAAUCAAAGGGUGGUUUAUGGGUUGAUUUUUAUAGUUAUGGUUUUGUGGAUAACAUUUGGUUUUUGUUAGGGUUUAGGGGAAUCUUCCUGAUGGGUUGGGGUAUAUGUUUUAGGGUAAUACAAUGUAACCAUUGAGAGAAUUCUUAUAAGAUAUCAAACAUAUGCAUUCAUUCCAAUUUUUCAUCCCUCAAAAGUUAAAUGGAUUUGGGUACAUUGUUCAUGACUUAAAGACUCUUUAAGUCAUGAACUAGGACUAAGUAGAACAUUAUUAUUAACUGC